ACUAUACCGCGCACAUCCAGUACUACCCCAGCAUCUACUAUGUAUCCCUCAAACUCAUUCUGGAUGUUGGUACGUCUGUUCUCCACCACAAGAGGGGACAGGUUCAGUUCAGUGUGCUUGAUCAGGCCGGUAAGCCAGUUUCUGAGUACACCGAAACAACCACGAUUGACUUUACGCUGAACCAGGAUAGCUUCACCUUCUUUUGGCGAAGAAACCCCCGUUUCACCUUCUCAGCUGAUUUAAGAAAGGAUGAAAAAUGGGAGAAAUGGGUGCUCCUCAACAGCGAUUCCUUCAUGAUCAGGUGCGACAUAACCCUCAUGGAGGCGCCCAGCGCUACAACUCCAAUUGAACCCGAUGUCAUCGCACCACCGUCAGACCUGCACCGCCACCUGGGCGGUCUGCUCCUAGGUGGAGAGGGCGCGGACGUGAAGUUCCAAGUGGGGGAAGAGUCCUUCCACGCGCACAGAUGUGUGCUUGCUGCCCGGUCGUCAGUGUUCAAGGCGGAGUUCUUCGGUCCUAUGGCUAUGGAGGAGCACACCGUCAAAGGUGUUGUGCAAGUGGAUGGCGUGGAAGCUCAGGUAUUCAAGGCUUUUCUACAUUUCGUGUAUACGGACUCGCUGCCGGACAUUAGCAAAGAAGAGGAGAUAUGGAUGGCUCAGCAUUUGCUCGUAGUGGCAGAUCGGUAUGACACGGAGAGGUUGAAGCGUGUGUGCGAAGACAAGCUGCUCAAGAGUAUUGAUGUGAACUCUGCCACCACUACGUUGGCUCUAGCUGAGCAGCAUCACUACUACGGGCUCAAGGAGGCUUGCUUGAAUUUUCUCGAGCUCCCUGGGAACCUUAAAGCAGUCGUGGCGAGUGAUGGCUUCGACCAUCUAGCCACAAGCUGCCCCGCCGUUCUAAGGGAGAUAAUCGCAAAACUUGCUGAGCUUUGAUUUCCAGGGCAAACUCUUCAAUGCGGCAACUUAAUCGCCUUUAAUUUGGAACAUCCAUUGGACAAGGGCUCAGCACCAGGGUUAGGGUUGCAGGAGGCGCCCGCUUCCGUCCCGCAUAAGAAAAUUUAGAACAAAAGGACGUACGGAAUAGAUCAGAAUUAGAGAAACAUCUGUCCACAGCCCGUGCCGCUUGCCACUCUAAUCGGGUUAUUUCUUCUUGUAAUCAGUUGCCUACGAAGAAAGCUUGACAAACCCAUUUCCCCC